AUGAGGCUUCCUUUUGCAUCAAACGCCAUUUGCACCUUUCUGUUGUUUGCAACUAUUGCUUUAUUGUUUGAGAUCCCCUCCAUAUCUAAAGCUGAUAAUCCAACGCUCUGGUCCUGUUAUGACUCCGCAAAUUACACUUCCGGCAGCCAAUUCGAAACUAAUCUCAAUAACACCUUCUCUUCCCUAUACCAAAAUACUCCUCUGACUCGUUUCAACACCACCGUCUCCGGCGAGGACCCCGACCGAGUGUAUGGUCUCGUCCAGUGCAGAGGAGAUGCCACUCAGGAUGAGUGCCGGAACUGUGUGAAUAAUUCGACCACUGAGAUCGUUCGACGUUGUCCUCUUUGA